UCACACGUAUUUUCUUGUAUAAAUAGAUAGCCUGCUAUGUCUUAUAGAUCCAUGAGCAUAUCAAGCUUACAGAACUAUCUUCACCAUUUUCACACUUCGAUUUGCUUAUUGUUCAAUACGUUCACUAGCCAUGUCAUCUCUACCAGCAUCCGCUAUGUUUAAGGUCCACAGGCGUCAACCUGAGCUACUCACUCCGGCUAAGCCCACCCCUCAUGAGUUUAAGCCACUAUCCGACAUUGAUGACCAAGAGUCUCUUCGAUUCCAUAUUCCCCUCUUACAAGUUUAUCGUCAUCACCCCUCUAUGCAAAUGAAAGACCCUGUUAAGAUCAUCAGGGAGGCUCUUGCUAAAGCACUUGUGUUUUAUUAUCCAUUUGCUGGUAGGCUUCGGGAAGGGCAUAAUCGUAAGCUUUUGGUGGAAUGUACUGCUGAAGGUAUCUUGUUUAUAGAGGCCGAUGCCGAUGUUACGCUUGAGCAGUCUGGCGAUGCACUUGAACCACCAUUCCCUUGCUUGGAGGAACUGCUUUUUGACGUCCCUGGCUCAAGUGAAAUCCUAAACUGCCCUCUCUUGCUAGUUCAGGUAACUCGUUUUAAGUGUGGUGGUUUUGCUCUUGCCCUUCGUGUGAAUCACACGGUGAGUGAUGCACCUGGUUUUGUGCAAUUCAUGUCAGGCGUGGCCGAGAUGGCUCGAGGGAAACAAGCCCCUUCUGUCCUCCCAGUGUGGGAGAGGCACGUACUUAAUGCGAGGAGUCCACCCCGUGUGACGUGCAUACAUCGUGAAUACGAUGAGGUUGAAGACAAUAAGAGUACUUGCAGUGCUAGAAUUCCAUUUCCUCUUCAUGAUAUAGUUGACAAGUCAUUUUUUAUUGAACUAUCUUCAUUAUCUACUCUUCGAAGAUUUGCUCCUCCCCAUCUCCAAGAAUGCUCUAAUUUUCAAAUAUUAACAGCAUGUUUAUGGAAAUGUCGAACCAUCGCACUCCAACCAAACCCAAAACAAGAGAUGCGCAUGAUAUGUCUUAAUAAUGCUCGCAGAAAAUUCAAUCCUUCUAUAUUACCAGAAGGGUAUUACGGUAAUGGAUUUGUACUAUCUACGACUGUAGCAACUGCUGAAGAAAUCACUCAAAAUCCGAUAGGUUUUGCAUUAAAAUUGGUGAGGAAGGCUGCCACAGGCAUGAGUAGAGAAUAUCUACAAUCGGUGGCUGAUCUAAUGGUGAUUAAGGGCAGGCCUCAAAUGCACGAGGAGGGAAGUUACGUAGUGUCGGAUGUAAGACAUGCAGGAUUUGGAGAGGUGGAUUUUGGAUGGGGUAAAGCUGUGUAUGGUGGUCCGGUGAGAGCCAUCCCAAUAAUUGCAAGCUUUUUGGUACCAUUUGAAAAUAAGAAAGGUGAAAAAGGAAUUGUAAUUCCAAUUUGCUUGCCGUCCCAAGCAAUGGAAAGAUUUGCAAAAGAGCUAAACAAUUUGUUGGAGGGCAUCCAGCUAAUUCAUGGUCACAUGUCCAGAUCCUCACACAUAAUAUCUUCUUUAUAAGCUUGAGUUUUGCUGAGAAAAUCCAUAUGCAAGGCAUUAAUUGUAUUAAUAAGUUCGUUCUAGUUAGAGUUAAUUAUAGUAUAGAAUCAUGCACCAGGGAUUUGAGAUUUCCUCAAAUGCCAUGUACCAAUUGAUUUACAAGUUUUAUAAAAGUGGACUAGCUAGAGUGUUAA